AUGUUGGGGGGCCCAGGGGGAGGGGCUGCAUGGCUGACGCUGUGCCCCCCCCGCGCAGUCUCGCGGCUGGACAGCCUGGACGCGGCCGUGCACCGGCUCAACGUGCAGUUCUACACCAUGGACCUGCGCCUGGCCCAGUUCUCGCAGGGCCUGGCCGAGCUGCGCGGGCGCCUGGCCGAGGCCCAGGAGGGGCUGAGCGUCGUCAGCCAGACCAGCACCCGCAACCAGCAGGACAUCGGCAAGAUCGACGGCUGCCUGCGGGGCCGGAGGCUCCAUGCCAAAUGCUUCCUGAUCGUGAAGCAGUUCGAGGGCUACGACGGGGCGCAGGAGCUGUGCCGGCUGCGGGGCGGGAACCUGGCCAUGCCGGCCGACGCCGCCGAACUGGCCACCCUGCGCCGCUACCUGCACGAGGCCUUCCAGCCCUUCAACUGGCCGGCCUGGGUGGGCAUCCACGACCGGCGGGCCGAGGGCCUGUGGCUGUACGAGAGCGGCCAGCGCGUCUCCUUCUUCGACUGGUACCAGGACCACCUGGUGAGCCAGCCCAACGGGGGCGCCCGGGAGAACUGCGUCUCCCUCUCCUCCGACGACGGCAAGUGGUGGGACAACGACUGCACCCGGCGCAUGUACUACAUCUGCGAGUACCGGCUCUAGGGGAGGGGGCGCGGACGGGACUGGCCCCUGGCACCCUGCGCUCAGACACCCAGCACCCCCCCACAGCCCGGGACCCUGCAUCCACCA